GCAAUCAGUUGGGGGAGGGAAGGAGACACAAGGUGACAGAUAAGAGCAUGCAUGGUGCCACUCCAGCCCCAGUGAUGCCUUGCUCCACUCCCUCACUGCCGGGCUGAGAUAGCUUAUCACCGCCUGCUUAGGGACAGAGGUGGUGGUGCAUGUAUGACAGAAUGUCCUCUAAAGAACACUCCAGCCUGCAAUGGACUGCUAUUGUGGUGACCUGUGCCUCGGAAAACCUGAGGGGAGGUGUUGAGGAAGAAUGUCGCAGACUGUCCACGGGGGGCCUGCUGCCAGACCAUGACCUGCUGGUGGUGGUGGCAGACCCCAGGCAGCCUGGCAGCCCACAGGGAGGAAGGCCAGUACCUGGUGUGGGCAGUGGGGGAGCCACAAUCAAUGCUAUGUUUGUGGCCAUAGAGAGGCUGUCAGCACAGCACCAGCACACCACUAUCAACAGUGAGCUGGUCCACCACAGCCGCAUCCUGGUGGUGCACCUUGGUCGCAUGCUGGCCCACUGUCCUGGUGGAGCUGCUCUGCUUCGCUUGGACCCCCAGCUGACCUGUGUGCCACCCCAUGUACAGAUCACACCCCCAACACUUCUGCAACACACACUGUGGACAGCCACCAAGUUGAGUGAAAAUACUGCCUGUGGUGUUUGGGUCACUUCCCUGGACACCUUCCUGCCCUCCAUCUCAGUGAUGGGCCACCCCACUCCUUCCCCUGGGCCUGGUGUUGGGGCGCUGGUGUGUACCGUGCAGACACCCCUUGACGUGGCCACUCAGCAUGGGGUGGUGCUUAGUAGGGACAGCCAGCACAUCAACAAAAUGGUCUACAGAAUGCCACUGGAAGAUUUGAAGAAGACCUUCAGGGAGGAGCGUGCCAGUGUGAUAUCAGGGGCUGUGUACCUGAGUCCCCCCCUCACUGAGACACUGCUAGGGCUGCACACCAUUCCUCCCCUUGACCGCUGCACCUACUAUGGCAUGGACAGUGGUGUACCCUCCCUGCAGGUAUCUCUGUACUUUGACCUGCUGUUACCCUUGUGCUCUGAUGUGAGUCAUGAGGAGUACGUGAAUGGCCAGUGUGGUGCCACCUAUGCCCAGGCUGCUAGUUACUCUCCACUCUUUCAACAGGAGUCACGCUCAGCAAGGCUGCAGAUAUGGAAGCAGCUACAGGGUUUCAAUGCUUUUGUUUAUCCACUUGGAGGAGAGGUGAAGCAUCACUACCUGGGAAUGAAUCUGCCUUACAAGGACUCACUUCUGUCCUUGCUUCCUUCCAGCAGCAUUUUGUAUCAUGAGAGAUGUGAAGCUGACUCGGGAAACACUGUCAUUGUCAACACCGUGCUGGAAGGGAACAUUACAACUUGUGGGGAGAAAGCUUACAUCUUUGACUCAUGGAUAGGUAGGGAUGUUUCUCUGAGCUUGGUUGGUCCAUCUGUAUUGAAUGGACUGUGGCUAAUGGACUGUGCUGCCUCCCUCAAGAUACCUGGAGGGUGUGUGUGGCAACAGUACACCUUGGCACAAUGUAAUGUGGUGACCUGCCAUGGCUGGACAGAUCACCUAGCAUUGCACCAUGAAGAGCCCACAGCAACAAUAUUCAACACCAGCUGGUCUGUCUUCCUAUCUAGAACAAGAAUACAAAAGGAAGAUUUGUGGGAAAAUUCAUGCAAAGUUCAGGAUCUUUUAUCUGCAAAAAUAUUUCUUCCUGGGUUGCCAAUUGCUGAACAAAUAAGUAUAUUUUCAGCUUUAAUUAGAGCUGCUUGUGGCGACAGUCAGCAAGAAGAUUGGAAGUCAAAGCUGGUAAAAUGGAGAGCCUCUUCCAGAAUGUCACUAGCUGAAGCCAUAUUCAACUGUGAUGUGAAGAAAGUUAUCCAGACACAAGAGAUGAUUUUCUUGGAGUCUUUCAAACAAUAUCUGAUUAAGACAGCUGAUGACCUGGGAGGAAUGUCUCUUAUUCCCUUAUUCCAGUACUUUGUGAAAAGAGGUCUGGCACCUGUCAAUCAGGUACUCCACACACUGCACACUUUGUUGCACGUUCCUCGACUCUCCACCUCUCGCCUCUUCUCUAACGUGGCAGACCUGUUGGGGUGCCUUGCUCAGGGGAAAGGUGGUCUAAGGAGUGGACCAGCUGGCAACCCACUGUGGAGGAGUGCUCUUGUGGAACUCAAGAAGGGGCAUCAGAUGGAAGCAGUACAGCAAAUGCUGGAUGUGUGUGAGGACUGGAUCAGCUCCGGCCAGCCAGAGAACCUAAUCCGUGCUGCCAGGCAUUAUGAGAGAGCCUCACAGAUAGUCAUCAGUCAGCAGGUGGAGACAGCAGAUGUGCAUGUGAGCCCUAUGUGGGUGAGCCCUGAGGUGCGGCACAGUGUCGGUGUUGGGGUGUGGGUGGAGGCUCACUCCCCUGCCCGCCUGGACCUGGCUGGAGGCUGGACAGACACACCACCUAUUUGUUAUGAACAAGGAGGAGCAGUGCUUAACAUUGCCAUCAAAGUCAACAAGAAGAAGCCCAUUGGAGCACGGGCACGGUUCAUUCCUGAGUUGCAAGUGGUCUGUGUUCUCCGGGAUUGCUCAGGUGGUGACAUGCGGCUCACCUGGAGCAAACUGGACCACCUGAGGGACUAUGAAAACCCUGUCUCCCCUGGUGCUCUGGUGAAGGCUGUGCUGCUGUACUCACGGCUGGUGGACCUCUCACACCCUGACUCCCUUGCAUCACAGCUCAAGGACAAGUAUGGAGGUGGGGUGGAAGUGGAGGUGUGGUCCAACUUACCGCAGGGGUCAGGCCUUGGGGGCAGCAGUCUGCUGGCAGGAACACUGCUGGCAGCCCUGGUGGUGCUGCUGGGCCACCCUCCUCCAGCUCCCUCCCAUCUGGUGCAUGCCACCCUCUGUGUGGAGCAGUGGCUCACAACAGGUGGUGGGUGGCAGGACCAGGUUGGUGGACUAAUUGGAGGAGCAAAACUAGGUUUUAGUCACAGGGGAACACCUCUUUCUGUGACCACCUAUCAGAUCCCUCUCUCCCUGCCAUGCCUAGAAGCUCUCAAUGGUCAGCUUCUGCUAAUCUACACUGGCAAGGUCCGCCUGGCAAGAAACCUGCUGCAGACUGUGAUUCGUAACUGGUAUGCCUGUGACCACACUUUGACAAAGUGUUUCUCUGAGCUGCGGUUCCUGGCACUGCAGGCAGCUGGGACCAUGCUGGAUGGUAACCUUCAGGGCCUGGGAUCUUGUAUCAGUAACUACUGGAGGCUUAAGAAAAUGGUUGCAUCUGGUUGUGAGCCAGGCAUGGUGACAAAGCUGAUGGUUUCCUUGGAAGACCACUGCCAUGGGAUGUCCCUGGCUGGGGCAGGGGGUGGUGGCUACCUUUAUGCUCUCAAGACCAGCCAGGAGUGUCUGGAGGGACUAAACUGUGACCAUGUAGAGGUGGAUCAGCAAGGGUUGGAGGUGUGGGUUGGGGGGGAAAAGGUGCUUGAGAGGAGCCAGGUGGAGGAAACUCUCACUCAGGCCAAACUGAACACAUUGAUUCAAGAGUGUAAGUAAUGGACACAAAGAGGUAAGGUUUACAUUCAUGUGCCUUGUAUAUUGUCAGGAUUGCUGCUCAUCAUUUACGAACUGUGCCAUGUUUAUAAAUUUGUGUACCACUAACUCUUUGGUGCUAUAAAAUCUCCUAGUAUUGAACUGCAGGAUUUGAGGGUUUGCAUUUAGAUUGCUGUGGUUGAUCAGGUUGGCUGUACAUGUAUGCACAUCAGGUUUGUGACAUCAGUCAGUUAUCCAGUGGGUAUGUGUAUGGGUGUGAGAGGUUUGGUAGCCUGAAUAGUGCAUGUAGUAUCAGAUGUCUGCAUCCAUAUAAUUCUUUACAUUCACAUCAGCAUCUGUGAUAAACAUCAACUACUAUUAACAUUAAAUGCAUUCGCAGCCAUAUCCAUAUUCUUACCACGCAAAUAUGUGGUGAAUAUACAAAAGCAGAUUGAAGUAAAGAACUGACACCCACAGAUCUCUACAUGCAGAUGUCAGAUGCAUCUCAGUUACCUAGGCAUGUAACAGCCUGCCAUGGUGCCUCUCUAGUUAGUGCAGCACAGGGAUUUAGCUUCAUCAGAUAUGGUAUCUGUCUGAAUUAAGCCAUAAGCCAAAGGGCAUUAGCUCACAUUAACUCAUAGCUGCUUACUAAUCAUUAAUAAGAUCUUCCAAAAUGUGCAGCUGCAAGAUGGCAGUUAUAAAGACUAGUUGUCACCCUCUUUUCAUACACAUUGGUGCAUCCUAGAAUGAAUCUUGAAUAUUACUGUACUCUCAUUGCCAUCCAUCAAUAUAUAUAUAUAUAUAUAUAUAUAUAUAUAUAUAUAUAUAUAUAUAUAUAUAUAUAUAUAUAUAUAUAUAUAUAUAUAUAUAUAUAUAUAUAUAUAUAUAUAUAUAUAUAUAUAUAUAUUAAUUAUUUUUUUUUUUCAUAUAAUACUGUUGUGUGUAGUUAUUUUGUUUUAUUGUUCUUAGAUUUUAUAAUACAGUAAAAACUUUGCAUCAGAACUUAGCUUUAAGAAACAAUGAUUAAUUUUUUUUUUAUUAGAGUUUUGAAGUUUUUUCUUAACAAUAAAAUCUUUGAUAAUGAGAUUUCAUAAGUUACUAUUAUUUAAAGUUGAUUGAUGAGUUCACUUCUUUUCCCUUGCACUCCUUGCCUUGUACAAAAUAUUAAGUAGAUUUGUAAGACUUGCAUUAUAUCUGAAAUUCAUAAAUCGUAAGUUUAUUGGCCUAGGAAUUGAAGGCUGCUAAUAUAUACAUUUACUGACAAGAUUGAUGCAGUGUUACUUCUAAUUAGUAUAACAAUAGUGUAAUUAGCAUAAUAUAUAAUUACUCUGAUAAUUACUUAACAUAAUUAAAAAUACAUUACAAAAACAUGAUACUUUAUGAACAAUUUCCUUUUAUGUAUAACUAUGGUUGUACAACCAAUCAAUCCUCUUUAUGAUUAUUCCAAGUGACUUAUGACAAAAACCCUAUUAAUUUCUCACCAUUCCCGCUUUAUUCCUUCAAGACUCCAUCCCUACAUUUAUUCUUCCAUCCACAGCAACAGGACCCUAAAUAUGCUCACUUCUUCAAGCAACUUAAUGAAAACAUUUGUUGGGAAAAUUAUCUCUCUAGUGGUGCCUCUUUAAUGGCAGAUAGACACAGCACUCUUAGUGAUAUAGAAGUAAAUCAAUUUUGCUGGCAUUUUUACCAGUAAAGAAUAUUUUUGUAUUGCCUGUAUUGACUACUAUGACCCUCUCUAACAAUGUGCACUUGCCUUGAUAAAGUUGAAAAUCAUUUCUAUA